AUGCAUUAAAUAACAACUCUUGAAACUGACACUCCCAAAAAAUUGAAUAAAUUUUCUGUGAGAUCAUUGGCAUUGCCCAGAAUAACCUUGGUUGGUUUUGAAAAAUCGCCUUAUCAUAGUGGAAUUCACGAACACUCUAGUAAUGUCCCUAAACGUUAUAACAGAUAGUAUUAUAAGAUCCAGCAAUCUGCCAAGGAACGAGAUCUGAUUAGCGAUAAAGAUGUAUAUGCCACGCUUUCAAAUAAUCAUGAAGAACCUUACCUAGACCGUAAGCCUAAAGACCUUGUUGGAGACGACGCCUAUAAAUCUUACUAUCACACUUUCAAAAAUAUCAAGCGAAUUCUAGAAUAGAAUCAAUUUGAGAAUAUCACAAAUUCCGUUUAAACCAAUCUAAUCCAAAGAGCAGAAAAGCUUAAAAUAUUACCUUGCAAAAUGGGCCUCAUCAAACUCAAAGGAGAUAAGAAUUCCAUCGCAAUUUAAAACCAGAAAUUUGGUGACAAAUAUGUAGAGGUGUUGUCAGAAGGACUGAAAACAUUGCCAACUAUCCAAGAUUUCAAUUUCAAUCGCAAUAGAAUCAAAGAACAUGGAGCUUCGUAGUUGUUUCCAUUAAUCAGCAAACAAGCUAGAAUUAUUGAGUUUCAAACUAAUUCCAUCGGAUAGAAAGGUCUUGAACCAAUUCUAUAAUGUUUGCCAUUGUAGACAUGCAAGAUCUAGAUUCUCAAUUUAGAAGAUAAUUAAUUAGGAGACACAUUAAUUUCAGACUUGUGUAAGGCCAUGAGUAAGAAUCCAUCUGUAGAGAUGCUCAAUAUAUCAAAGAAUAAUAUUACAAAUGCUGCAUAUUUAUCGAUAAAGUCAAUGAUUGAAUAAAAUGACACUCUUCUUGAAUUAUAUUUGAGAUGGAAUUCAAUUAAAGGAUCUGGAGGUCUUGAAAUAUUCAAGGUCCUUCAAACCAAUAAAAAUAUUAAGGUUCUAGACUUCUCUUAUAAUUUACUUGGAGCUGGGAAUGUCAUUAUUACAGCUCUCAAAGACUUUAUAAUUGAAAAUAAAACAGUAUAACAUUUGGAUUUGUCUGCAAAUGGAUUCUCAUACCAAGAUUGCCUCUAAAUUUCAGAAGCCUUAAAGUCAAAUCACUCUAUUUACGGAUUCCACUUUAGAGGCAAUUUUGGUUAUGUGGAUUCAAAAGGAUUUCUAAUUAUAGACAACAAUAUGAAAAAUUAUAAUUCUAUCCAUGUAGAUCAAAGAAUCAAAGGAGUAUCUCCAAAUCCAAAGCCAUAUGAACACUCUUCUCAUUUUGAGAAAUUAAAAGAUGUUUGCUGGAUUUGUGAUGAAUGGUAAAUGAGUACUUUUGAGUGGAUUCCCAAUCAAAGUGGAGCAUGUUCUGAAGAACCCAUAUUUAUACAUUUUGAUUAUGAAGGUUUUGAGCCUAUAUUUUUAGGGAAACCUGAUUCAAAUGGUAAUUUUAAGACUCAUCGAAUGAUUCCAAAUGGAGAUAUAGAGUAUUUCUACACUGCUAAUUCCAUUUAAAUAGCCAGUCAAUCUGCCCCAACCAAAUAACAUAUUGAGAAGUUCAGAACCAAGGUUACAAUAGCAGAUCAAGUGAUUAAUGUGUUGAUAGAUGAAACUAACCUCGAAAAGUUCUCUAAAUCCAAACCAGUCAUCGAAGAUUGGUAUCCUACAUAUGAUGUUUUACCAAGAACCUAGGAUCCAAUCUAUAUUCCAGCAAAAAGAAAGAAGCAAAAACGAAUUUGGACUUAUCCAAUCUCAAUUUGGGCUCCAAAGUAUAAAUUCGAUACUGAAGAAUUACUGAGGAAAUGCUUUGAAAGAGAUUGGGCUUGUUGUAAGAUAGCGAAGUUUGUGAAGAAAUAGGAGGAGUAGGAUCAAGUAAAGGAAAUGUUAUGGCAAGCCUAUAAACCAAUGAGAGAGACUUAUCGAUUUUAUGCAAGUGUAAAUCCUACUGGAGAUGUGUUUUCAAUGUCAGUGAAUCCAACUUCUGAUUUUGUGAACUAAUGUUAGUUGAUAGAUGGUAAACAAUUGAAAUUGGCUGAUGUGGAUCUGAAAUUUAUAGCAACUUGCAGUGCUUCAUCUAUAGAUUGGAAGGGGAACUACAGAAACCCUGAAAGGUCUUUGGUGAGAUAUCAGAUGAUGGAAUUCUUAGUUAGAUUGUCAGAUGAUAAAUAUGUGAGAUUCAAUCCUUAGGUCAAUAUUGUUUAGGCAACUAGAAUGAUUUUGGAUUAGUGUAUGCCUCAUUUGUCUUAAUUUGAUUGUCAUAAAUGGAGAGCUGAACGUUACUUUGUUGAGUAAUGUGAUGAUGUUUGUAAGAAAUACAAAUGGGUUAUCGAUUAUGUUUACAUGAGGAAUUCAUAAAAGAAGGUUAAGCCAGGUUAACCGCCUUUUAUGUGUUUGGAUGAAUUGAAAGACAUUUGUAAUAAAGCCAAUUUGUAUGAUGAGAAUUUUGUUGAAAGAGAUGUAAAUUUAGCUUUUAAUUUAUCCAUGUUGACAUAAGUUGAUGAAUUGGAAAGUGAUAGAUUGUUCUAAAUGCAAUGGAUCGAGUUUAUGGAGGCUGUUGCUAGGAUUUCUGAAAAAUAUUCACCAAUUGCAAUUGGGAAGAAAGAGGAAAAAGAGUGGAAUUAUGAAUUAAGAUUUUAAUAGCCUUUAUAUUAUAAACUCGAGGCCUUUAUGGUUCAUUUAAUUAAUACACUGGUUGAUGAUGAGACUAAAAAGAAUUGGAAGUAGCCGACCAUUUCUAUGUUUGACGAAGUUGAAGAAGAUGAAUAUUAUUGA